UCUCAUUGAGGGCGUGUCUGUGGUAAAGGCGCUCUUUCUAGGACUGGAAAUUUCAACCAGGUCCGCUUAGUAUUCAUAACAGUGAGACUCGCGGCAUAGUUUUCAUUUCAGUUUGAUAUUUGCUUCUGCUGUUGUGAAGAUGUCUGGACGUGGCAAGGGAGGUAAAGGACUCGGGAAAGGAGGCGCUAAGCGUCACCGCAAAGUGCUCCGUGAUAACAUCCAGGGCAUCACCAAGCCUGCUAUCCGCCGCCUGGCUCGCCGCGGAGGAGUGAAGCGAAUCUCCGGGCUGAUCUAUGAGGAGACCCGCGGGGUGCUGAAGGUGUUCCUGGAGAAUGUGAUCCGGGAUGCCGUCACCUACACCGAGCACGCCAAGAGAAAGACCGUCACCGCUAUGGAUGUGGUGUACGCGCUGAAGCGCCAGGGGCGCACUCUCUACGGGUUCGGGGGCUAGAGAUCUGGACACGAAACACGAACACAAAGGCUCUUUUAAGAGCCGCCCACCGUUUCUUUUAAGGAGCUUUGAAUUACAAAACAAACU